AUGACGGACGACUCAUCAUCCUUCAAAGUCAGCAUUGUUGGCGGGGAUGUUACGGGUCUCACGCUGGCUCACUGCCUCGUAUUGGCAAACAUUGACUAUGCCCUCUUGGAUAAGGGCAUAGUUGCUCCCAACUUCGGAACCACAAUCACGUCACAGCCACAUGGGUGCAGAAUCCUGCACCAGUUUGGCUGCUUCGAUGCCGUGCUGGCGACGUGCGAUGUCAUGGGCGGAGCGUAG